AUGUUGUCCUGUCCGAACGAGUAUGAUCUAGAAAAUAUUGUGAAUGUAGGUGAAGGCAGUAAAAAUGCUGAUCAUGACUCAAGUGCUAAUGCAGGAGAUACACGCAAGGUUACAGUGGAUACUGACAAAUCGAACAGUGACAUUGAUUGUUUCUCAGAUCUUGAAAACAUGGAACAUACAAAUGUUGAUGGAGUAGAGAUGAAUCAAAACAGCCAUUCAGCAAGUGAAAAUAUUAAACUACAGGAAGAAACCAGAGAUAUUCUACUGCACCCCAGAUGUUCUGAAAUGGCUAAUGAGAAUCCUGCCAGUGAUCUACCUGUCAGAGCCGACGAGGUGGAUGGAAGUGUUCACAGAAAUAGGGUUAGUUCUGUAAUAGCGUCUUUAGACCUUGUAGAGCCAAGACUAGAUCCAGUCUCAAUGACAUCUGAUCAAGAGAAAGGAAUUGACAGCAGCACAUUGACAUCAACGAAAUCAGUUAUACGUGAUCAAACAGAAGAUAUAACACACCAAGAAGAUAAAGUUGAGCAGCCACUGAUGAUCAGUAGUAACAGUCCACAUGAGAUUCCUGAUAACACCGGUGCAAUAGAUAAUGAUACUGAGAAGUCAAAAAGCAAAGGACAGAAAAAAGUCGCCUCAACCUCAGGAAAUGCUGACGAAAAGGAUGAUGAUAUACAGAUUGGACAACGUGCUGACGUAGAGAAAGGUGUUAUAUAUAAAGAGGAACCUGCCAAUAAGGAGACAGUGAAUUCUGAACAGAUUCAGCAAUCUGGUAGUCAGACUUCUAGUUCUAGUUCUGAACAGAUUCAGCAGUCUGGUAGUCAGACUUCUAGUUCUAGUUCUGAACAGAUUCAACAGUCUGGUAGUCAGACUUCUAGUUCUAGUUCUGAACAGAUUCAGCAGUCUGGUAGUCAGACUUCUAGUUCUAGUGCUGAACAGAUUCAGCAAUCUGGUAGUCAGACUUCUAGUUCUAGUGCUGAGAAACUCCAGGAGCGGAUUGAGAGCUCUCUGUCAACAGACAUAAGUAUAGCUGAGUCAGAAAGAGUGACCGCUUCUGAACAGUUACCAGGUUGUUUCUCAACAGAUAACAGUAUCAAGGCAAAUUGCAUAACUCCUGCAGAACAGAUUCUGGAAGGUCCCAUGACCGAUGGUAAUUUAGAGGCUGAAGCAGAGGAUGUAUCCCCUACAGAUCACAUUCUGGGGAGUACUCCACCAACAGAUGGUAACGCGGAGGCUGAGACAGAGGGUGUAACCCCGACACAUCACAUUCUGGGGAGUACUCCACCAACAGAUGGUAACGCGGAGGCUGAGACAGAGGGUGUAACCCCAACAGAUCACAUUCUGGGGAGUACUCCACCAACAGAUGGUAAUGCGGAGGCUGAAACAGAGGGUGUAACCCAGACAGAUCACAUUCUGGGGAGUACUCCACCAACAGAUGGUAACGCGGAGGCUGAGACAGAGGGUGUAACCCCGACAGAUCACAUUCUGGGGAGUACUCCACCAACAGAUGAUAACGCGGAGGCUGAGACAGAGGGUGUAACCCGGACAGAUCAUAUUCUGGAGAGUACUCCACCAGCAAAUGAGAAUACGGAGGCUGAAGCAGAAGGCAUGACUCCAGAACUUAAACAGGGUGGUCAUAAGACAGACAGCAAUGUGGUAGCUGCUCAAACAGAUAUGAUCACCCACGCUGAACAGAUACAGAUGGGUACAACAACAGAAGGUGUGGACCUGAAACAAGUAACGGAUGGUACAGAGAUAGAUGGUGAUAUGGAGGCUCAGAUAGAUGGUACGACUCCUACUGAAAAAAACAGAUUAUAG